AUGCCUUACUAUUGUACUGUGCCACGGUGUACAUCCAUGGCAGGAAAGGCGAAAAACGUAUCUUUUCAUCAAUUUCCAAGAGACGAGGAGCUUGCUAAAUUGUGGAAUAAAAUACUGAAACGUGGGAAACCUUAUACUAAGUAUUCUAAAGUCUGUAGUUUACAUUUCAAACCAGAAGAUUAUACUAUAACAAGCGUUGGAAAAAAUAAAGGACAGUGGAGGACAUUACGCAAAGAUGCGAUACCAUCACAAAACCUGCCAUCGGAUUCACCAGUGCCGUACCAAAGUCAUAGGAAUACUGGAUCUUGGCAUUCCGAUAAUACACCACCAAGCAUAAUAGAUCCCCAGGUACACCAACAAAUGGCCCAAGCAAUAUAUUUGCAAACAAUGUUAGCGAUACAGGCAAGUGGCAGCGUUGAAGGGAUCAAUUCAAGUAUCGAGCCUCGAGAGACAGAAGAAGCACACUCGUCAAAUAACACCCAAAAACAUAGGAGUGUAUCACCCCUAAAUAACGAAUCUAAAUCCUCAUACAGAUGUUCGGAAUGCUUAAAAUAUUUUAAAGAUCCAGAUGUAUUCAUAUUACACCAGCGGACGCACACAAAGAAUAAUGAAAAGGAGAAUCUUAAUACCAACUCAGAAGAAACUAGUAAUCCUAUAUCGGAAACUUUUCAUACAAAUGGUGAAGAGACAUUAAAAUCAAAUCCAAUAUUAGCUAAUCUAUUAAAAUCACAAGGUAACUCAUCACUCAGUAUACAAAAUAACAUUCUGAGUAAAGAAAUAGAAAAUCAAAUCACGGCUGCAUUUAAACUUAGCAUGCAGACUUAUAUAAGGAAUCUGUUAUUAUCACAGGGUAUGAAUGAUAAAUCAGAUAAGGACUUGACUGAAGUUGAAUCUGAUUGUGAUAAAGAUUUAAGUGAAACACCUGACUCUAGUAAAUUAGCUGUAGAAGAUAAUGCGUAA